AUGGGUAAAGAGCAGAAAGAGAAAAAAGAUGGUAACCUCAGUAUCAAAGAAGAGGUUGAAAAAGAGUUGAACAAAAAGAGUACCGCUGAAUUAUUUAGAAAAAUAAAGAAUGAGAAAAUAUCAUUUUUUUUACCGUUUAAAUGUUUACCUGCACAACAUAGAAAAUUAUUAUUUAUAUCAUUUGUAUGUGCUGUAUUAUCAGGAGGAACAUUACCUUUUUUUAUAUCUGUGUUUGGUGUAAUAUUAAAGAACAUGAAUUUAGGUGAUGAUAUUAAUCCUAUAAUAUUAUCAUUAGUAUCUAUAGGUUUAGUACAAUUUAUAUUAUCAAUGAUAUCAAGUUAUUGUAUGGAUGUAAUUACAUCAAAAAUAUUAAAAACUUUAAAGCUUGAAUAUUUAAGAAGUGUUUUUUAUCAAGAUGGACAAUUUCAUGAUAAUAAUCCUGGAUCUAAAUUAAGAUCUGAUUUAGAUUUUUAUUUAGAACAAGUGAGUUCAGGAAUUGGUACGAAAUUUAUAACAAUUUUUACAUAUGCCAGUUCCUUUUUAGGUUUAUAUAUUUGGUCAUUAAUAAAAAAUGCACGUUUGACUUUAUGUAUUACUUGCGUUUUUCCGUUAAUUUAUGUUUGUGGUGUCAUAUGUAAUAAGAAAGUAAAAUUAAAUAAAAAAACAUCUUUGUUAUAUAAUAACAAUACCAUGUCCAUUAUAGAAGAGGCUUUAAUGGGAAUAAGAACUGUUGCAAGUUAUUGUGGAGAAAAGACUAUAUUAAACAAAUUUAAUUUGUCCGAAACUUUUUAUAGUAAAUAUAUUUUAAAAGCUAAUUUUGUAGAAGCAUUACAUAUAGGUUUAAUAAAUGGUUUAAUUUUAGUUUCUUAUGCAUUCGGUUUUUGGUAUGGUACAAGAAUUAUUAUAAAUAGUGCAACGAAUCAAUACCCCAAUAAUGAUUUUAAUGGUGCCUCAGUUAUAUCCAUUUUAUUAGGUGUACUUAUUAGUAUGUUUAUGUUAACAAUUAUCUUACCAAAUAUAACAGAAUAUAUGAAAGCUUUAGAAGCAACAAAUAGUUUAUAUGAAAUAAUAAAUCGAAAACCAUUAGUUGAAAAUAAUGAUGAUGGAGAAACAUUACCAAAUAUUAAAAAAAUUGAAUUUAAAAAUGUAAGAUUUCAUUAUGAUACUAGAAAAGAUGUUGAAAUUUAUAAAGAUUUAAGUUUUACUCUAAAAGAAGGGAAAACAUAUGCAUUUGUGGGAGAAUCAGGUUGUGGGAAAUCAACCAUACUAAAAUUAAUUGAAAGACUUUAUGAUCCAACCGAAGGAGAUAUUAUUGUAAAUGAUUCUCAUAAUUUAAAAGAUAUUAAUUUGAAAUGGUGGAGAUCAAAAAUUGGAGUUGUUAGUCAAGAUCCAUUAUUAUUUAGUAAUUCAAUUAAAAAUAAUAUUAAAUAUAGUUUAUAUAGUUUAAAAGAUUUAGAAGCAAUGGAAAAUUAUUAUGAAGAAAAUACUAAUGAUACAUAUGAAAAUAAAAAUUUUUCUUUAAUUUCGAAUUCUAUGACAUCAAAUGAAUUAUUAGAAAUGAAAAAAGAAUAUCAAACUAUUAAAGAUUCUGAUGUUGUUGAUGUGUCCAAAAAAGUACUUAUACAUGAUUUUGUAUCAUCAUUACCAGAUAAAUAUGAUACCUUAGUAGGUUCCAAUGCAUCCAAAUUAUCAGGUGGACAAAAACAAAGAAUAUCCAUUGCAAGAGCAAUUAUGAGAAAUCCUAAAAUUCUAAUUCUUGAUGAAGCUACAUCUUCUUUAGAUAAUAAAUCUGAGUAUUUAGUACAAAAAACAAUUAAUAAUUUGAAAGGAAAUGAAAAUAGAAUAACUAUUAUUAUAGCACAUAGAUUAAGUACUAUAAGAUAUGCCAAUACAAUUUUUGUUUUAUCAAAUAGAGAAAGAAGUGAUAAUAAUAAUAAUAAUAAUAAUGAUGAUAAUAAUAAUAAUAAUAAUAAUAAUAAUAACAAAAUUAAUAAUGAGGGUAGCUAUAUUAUUGAACAAGGUACACAUGAUAGUCUUAUGAAAAAUAAAAAUGGUAUUUAUCAUCUUAUGAUAAAUAAUCAAAAGAUUUCAUCAAAUAAAUCUUCAAAUAAUGGAAAUGAUAAUGGAUCGGAUAACAAAAGUAGCGCUUAUAAAGACUCAGAUACAGGUAAUGAUGCAGAUAAUAUGAAUAGUUUAUCAAUACAUGAAAAUGAAAAUAUAUCAAAUAAUCGUAAUUGUAAAAAUACAGCAGAAAAUGAAAAAGAAGAGAAAGUUCCAUUUUUCAAAAGAAUGUUUAGAAGAAAAAAGAAAGCACCAAACAAUUUACGUAUCAUUUAUAAAGAAAUAUUUUCAUAUAAAAAAGAUGUUACUAUAAUUUUCUUUAGUAUUUUAGUAGCUGGAGGAUUAUAUCCCGUAUUUGCUUUAUUAUAUGCUAGAUAUGUAUCUACAUUAUUUGAUUUUGCAAAUCUAGAAUAUAACUCAAAUAAAUAUUCUAUAUAUAUUCUACUUAUUGCUAUUGCUAUGUUCAUUUCAGAAACACUCAAAAACUAUUAUAACAACAAAAUAGGAGAAAAAGUCGAAAAGACUAUGAAACGUAGAUUAUUUGAAAAUAUAUUAUAUCAAGAAAUGAGUUUCUUUGAUCAAGAUAAAAAUACCCCAGGUGUUUUAUCUGCACAUAUUAAUAGAGAUGUACAUUUAUUAAAAACGGGUUUAGUAAAUAAUAUUGUUAUUUUCUCUCAUUUCAUAAUGCUCUUUCUGGUUAGCAUGGUUAUGUCCUUUUAUUUUUGUCCAAUUGUUGCAGCUGUAUUAACUUUUAUAUAUUUUAUUAAUAUGCGUGUAUUUGCUGUAAGAGCUAGAUUAACCAAAAGUAAAGAAAUUGAGAAAAAAGAAAAUAUGUCAAGCGGAGUUUUUGCAUUUAGUUCAGAUGAUGAAAUGUUUAAAGAUCCAAGUUUUUUAAUACAGGAAGCAUUUUAUAAUAUGCAUACUGUUAUUAAUUAUGGUUUAGAAGAUUAUUUCUGUAAUUUGAUAGAAAAAGCUAUUGAUUAUAAAAAUAAAGGACAAAAAAGAAGAAUUAUUGUAAAUGCAGCUUUAUGGGGAUUCAGUCAAAGCGCUCAAUUAUUUAUUAAUAGUUUUGCCUAUUGGUUUGGAUCCUUCUUAAUUAAAAGAGGUACUAUAUUAGUUGAUGACUUUAUGAAAUCCUUAUUUACUUUUAUAUUUACUGGUAGUUAUGCUGGAAAAUUAAUGUCCUUAAAAGGAGAUUCAGAAAAUGCAAAAUUAUCAUUUGAGAAAUAUUAUCCAUUAAUGAUUAGAAAAUCAAAUAUUGAUGUAAGAGAUGAUGGUGGAAUAAGAAUAAAUAAAAAUUUAAUAAAAGGUAAAGUUGAUAUUAAAGAUGUAAAUUUCCGUUAUAUUUCAAGACCAAAUGUACCUAUUUAUAAAAAUUUAUCUUUUACAUGUGAUAGUAAAAAAACUACAGCAAUCGUUGGAGAAACAGGUAGUGGAAAAUCAACUUUUAUGAAUCUCUUAUUAAGAUUUUAUGACUUGAAAAAUGAUCACAUUAUAUUAAAAAAUGAUAUGACAAAUUUUCAAGAUUAUCAAAAUAAUAAUAAUAAUUCAUUGGUUUUAAAAAAUGUAAAUGAAUUUUCAAACCAAUCUGGAUCUGCAGAAGAUUAUACUGUAUUUAAUAAUAAUGGAGAAAUAUUAUUAGAUGAUAUUAAUAUAUGUGAUUAUAACUUAAGAGAUCUUAGAAACUUAUUUUCAAUAGUUAGUCAAGAACCCAUGUUAUUUAAUAUGUCCAUAUAUGAAAAUAUCAAAUUUGGAAGAGAAGAUGCAACAUUGGAAGAUGUUAAACGUGUUAGUAAGUUUGCUGCUAUAGAUGAAUUUAUCGAAUCAUUACCAAAUAAAUAUGAUACAAAUGUUGGACCAUAUGGUAAAAGCUUAUCAGGUGGACAAAAACAGAGAAUAGCUAUAGCUAGAGCAUUAUUAAGAGAACCUAAAAUAUUAUUAUUAGAUGAAGCAACAUCAUCACUUGAUUCCAAUUCUGAGAAAUUAAUUGAAAAAACUAUUGUAGAUAUUAAAGAUAAAGCUGACAAAACUAUUAUUACUAUUGCCCACAGAAUUGCAUCUAUAAAACGAUCAGACAAAAUUGUGGUAUUUAAUAACCCUGAUCGAAAUGGAACCUUUGUACAGUCACAUGGAACACACGAUGAAUUAUUAUCAGCACAAGAUGGAAUAUAUAAAAAAUAUGUAAAAUUAGCUAAAUGA